AUGGAAAUCAAUCAAUUCAUUACGUCGACAAAUACCGCUUUUUACCUCGCGAAAGAUUUCUAUGGCGAGCAAAUCUGUGGUGUGACCUUAAAUACCUAUCCAUUAUAUGAUGAAGUCGAUUAUCCAGAUUUACGUAACUUCGCUUUGAAAUGUCGUUGCGAUCCCUUGAAUGUUUCACACAUGGUUUCCUUUUCAGUCAGUCCUCAUAUGUCAAACUUAGAACGUUUGUAUAAUCAAACAUGUGUUUCUCAUAUUCAACAAUUUAUUGAUUCAACUUUAACUGAAUCAAAUUUCACAAAACCUCAACUAUCAACAUCUUCGAACAACGUUUCGAUUGAAUCUUUAACAAACGAUUUAUUCGUACAAUCAUGGACUAAUGAAAGUUCGUAUCAAUUAUAUUUUAAUCAAUGCCAACCAUGGAUAUGUGAAUAUCUCAUUGAAAGUCACUUGGAAAUGGUUUAUAUCAUCACAACCAUUCUUGGUUUAAUUGGCGGAUUAAACACUAUCCUACAUUUAUUACUACCGAUUAUAUUUUCAUCGGUAUUCAAUAUACGAAAUUAUUUUACUCAUCAGUCGCAAAGUUCGAGAGGAAUUUGUUCUUCAUGUGCAUUUACUCGACGAAGUAUCAUCGAAUUAAAUCUCUUUCGUGAUAUUUCAUCCUGA